GAACUCGUUUAUAAAAUGUUCGCGAACUGGUUGAAAUUAGAGAUAAUUUUUCAUACCCAUACGUACGGGUGAUUGCGCCUUAUUCGCGGUACCUGGCCCUGGCCCUGCGCUCUGAUGCGGUACAGAGCCAGAGAUCAAAGCAGAUCGUACCUGCCUCUCCCUCUGUCUCUCUCUCCUGGUAAUCAUGAUGAUGAUGAUGCUGUUUACCAUUUUCAGGUAAUCCCUAUUCCCUUCUUCGUGGCAAUCGAACGCCUUUCCUUUCUCGUCGCGUGUUUUCUUUUUUCUCGCUUUCUUGCCUUCCAAAUUGGUGUUCGGGGUUUUGAAAGCUGCCCCCCUCUGGCCUCCUGGCGCGAAAGUUCAUUCAACGUAGAUUGUCUAUGUGGUGUGUGAUCGGAUAGAGAGACGAACAAGAACAAUUAUUAUCCAGUUUACCAUUCGUUAUUCAUUGGCUAGUCACGCCGCCUUCAAUCCAGUGUGCUUUCGGCCCCCUUCAUCACCCCUUCACUCUAUUUGGCGUUCUCUUUUCGGUAUGUUCGGGAGCUCUCUUCUUACGAGUUCGACGACAAUGUAUUGAUGGUUUCGUUCACUCGUUCGUUUCGUUCGUUCGUUCAUUACUGCAACUCAUAUAGUCAGCUGAACCAUGAACCGCUUCGCUUUCGUUCCCUCCAAUGUUCAUUUUGUACGAGCACGAGAUACACGCUACGCAUAAACUGGUUUCUUAAAUAAUUUUUUUUUCGCGAAAAUAAUCUAAUUUUUGCGGCCGCCUGUGCCUUGUUUGUGCUGUGCUGUUUGUGUGGUUUUUUUUACUGCCUUCUUCUCAGAGGCUGAGGCAGUUCACAUUGAUCUUUCGAUACCGUUUAACGUUUCCGUCUUCGAAAUCCGAGUCCGACACACAACGAAGGUUAUUUCGGUGUAUUUUUGAAUCAGAAUCGUCGUAGUUGUCGCGAAAAUCUGCCUGGUGAUCGGUGCUGUGUUAUUUUCGAAUACCGAAGAGAAAAAAAAUGAAAAAAUUCGUCCUAUAGUGUGCUAAAUGGAACAAUAGAAAGGCAUGACAUGAAAUGGAAAUAGCAGAUAACCAGCAUCCUAUAGAUUUAAGCCGAAAAUGCGGCUACUACGAGUCGCCAUCGUAUACAAAAUCGAUACCAGCAUCACGACCGUUACCAGACCUUAUACCAAUUUCGGUACUCGGCGGUUCACCUUUAACACCAGAACCACGAAUAGCUGACAAGAAACGCGGUCGAGGUGGAGGUUGUGGUGGAGGCGGCUCCGAUGAUUUAUUACACUGUUUUAGCAUGAACGGUUUCUCGUCGUCUUCGUCAUCGUCGUCGUCGUUCUGCCCAACUACCAGCAGCAACGAUUUCCAGUUCAAAGAGCAUUCGAAAAUUCGCAAAGAGUUGCCGCGAUUUCGCAGCGUGCCGCAUUUAUCCAAAAACUCAACGUCCAAAAUUUCAAGACUGAAGUCGAUCAGCGAUAGUAAAAUAAGCUCGAUACCUUCUUGUUCGGCGUUCUCGGCCGUCGAGUCUCCUUCUCAUCGUUCCAUGUUUCUACGUAAUGUUCCUAUUUUAGAAGAUAGUCACGCUAAUUUGACCAGUCCGAAUAGGCAACGUGGCAAAAAUCAUUAUUAUAGUUCCUUGGCGAGUCCUCCACCGGAUAAAAAUUUCUGUUGGAAAUCAACCGCGUCGGACGACGAUAUCGCAUCAUCGCUGCAAAUGCAUUCCAGUAGAAAUAUGAAACAAGGCCCCGGCGUUAGUCUAAGCACAAUCCAAAGCUUAAGGAAAUUACUAGACAAGAGAAAAUCCAUGCACCGAGAUAACUAAUCAGAGCUUAUAUUAUUUUCGCCGACGAUGUGAUCUGAAAUACAUAAUUUUGAAACAUCUCUCAUCACAUCACUUUUCAGACCACUGCCUCUUACCUAUGGUGCCUGCGAACGAAUGGCUUUAAAAAAAUUUUCAGUAUUAUCGUACCUAUAUAUGUAUAUAAUAAUUAUACCUACCUGUGUUUCGAAACGUUAUUUAAACGAUUUUACUAUCGUAAAAUUCAUCGUCAUUUGACCACACGAACGUAAUAAUUUUUUCGCUUGCGCGACACAUACGUCGAAAAUAGAAAUUAUUACGUUUUUAUAAGUACCUAUUUAUUAUCGCAUUUUUUUCCCUUCUUCUUCUUCUAACGAGAAAUCGUCUUCUUGUGUUAUGUACCUAUAUGUUUUUGUACCUACGUAGAUUUGUAUAAACAUUUAUGGUAAAUUAUUAUUUCUGUUCUUCGUUCGGCGUUGUAAGUUUUUAUACACUAAUCUAUUUACCGCGUGAAACAAUAAGAUCGUAAAUAAUUAUGGAACAGGAUGUACUGUUUUUUUAUGCUCGAAUUUGUACAGGAAAGCAAUAUCACCAGGUAAUUUCAAUUUAAAAACUGGCAACGUGCUUUGAUGGUAGUCGGUACCUAUUUGCUCGAUAUUAUAAAGGCAAUUUCAUCGAGUAAUUUUCCGAUAGGUACUUGUGUCGAGCUUGGUAAAUUCGAGAUAAUGCACUGAUGAGAAUUAGUUUCAAUCAUCGAUCCUGAUAAGCUGUGGCAAAUUGCUUACGAUUAUAUGACUCUGCAAGGUUCGUGUUGUUGACGGAUGUCGAUUACUUACGCAGUACUUUUUUUUUUUUUUUUUCAAGACACGUGAAAUUGAGAAAUUUUUAAAUAGUCGAUAGGUAGUUAAUUUUAAAUCGUGUCUAAUGUGAAUAUGUAUACGAGAAGAUAUCAAUUUAAAAUUUUCAAUUUUUUAUAGACUGUGUUUUUUUUUACAAUUUUUCCAAUGUAUGUAAUGAUUUUUUAUGCGGAAAUCAACCUGCAAUGCAUUAAAGAAAAUAUGAAUUCGA